AUGGCAGAUAGACGGAAUACAUCGCAAGGGCUCAUAAGACGACAGUCUUGUCUCGAGUUCAUUGAAGAGCGUCUUCCCGAGUUUCAUGAGGCUUUUGCCAACCCUGAUGUACGAUUCAGCACAGCUCGGGGACGCUUUGAGCCAAUGAAACGUGAUCAAGAGACCGACGCUGGCACUGCACAGCCUGGCGAACAUGAUCUUCCAGAUAUACUCCCUGAUAAUACCGAAGAGGAUUCUGAACGGCGACCUUUCUGGGAAGAGAUGCUUCCUGAAGCAAUGGAAGAGCUCAAGUCCACGCGCGAUGAACCCAAAAGACUUGUUGGGACGACACGCAGUAUUCGCGACUUGUCAGGAUGGGUUGACAUAGUGAAUGUUCUUGAGAAGGCGAGGGCGAACUAUUAUAACUACUCGGGUUUUAUCGGCUUCUGGAAACGGUCAUCGCACAAAAUGGCAGACCAUGUUGACGAUGGGAAGAGACUUCUUUCACUUCUUCCAAAUACUGAUUACUCUUCAGUAAUCCACUGUGUGUUUGACAUCGUGUUUGAUGCGGCUAAGAGGACGGCCAAGAUUCGAGAAGAGAUUGAGUCGAGCCUUCGCCAAUUUCGUGAAAAGCUAGAAGACGUCGAGGCUAUAGUUGCUGUUUAUGAGAAAGAAGAGGAUAUCUUCGCUGCUGCCAAGAAAGUCCUCAGCUCAAUGCUUCAAGCCAUCGAGGAUAUCAUCGACUACUACUGGGCAAAGAAAGGCAAGAAGAUGCUUCUGUCGAUGUGGCAAGCUGAUAGCUACAAGGCUGAUCUCACAGGAUGCCUGGAGGAUCUCAACUCUAGCAGCUCAAGACUGAUGGAGAAAGCCAACAUCGGGAGCUUCCGUGAGCUUCGGUCAGUGAACAUCAAGGCAUCAGAAGGAAUCGACAAGCUGAAGCAACUUCAACUAGACCAAAUGAAGAUAAUGAAGGAGCAAACAAGACUUGCAGAUGCCCAGUCAGAAAUGAAUCAAUCAGGCCGCAAAAUGGCGGCUGAACAACAGAGAAUCGCUUCAGCCAACGAACGCAAUGCUGCCGCGAAUGAACAAAACGCCGCAGCUAAUAUGGUCAACGCUGCCACCGCUUCUGAUGCCAUGAAUGCAUUCAUGAGACUAUCACAGGAGUACCUCACCAACCUCACUGCUUUGAACGAGCAAAAAAGGAAAAACGCUCGACUUGCAGUAAAGUACACCCGUCUGCACACCCAACUCGAAGCGGAACGAUCACGCAGUCGAGACCGAAGACCAUGGGUUGGUCCAGCACGUAUAUCACAAGCUCGACUUCUACAUAUUCUCAACAUGAACUUGGAUUUUGACCUCUCUGCAGUUGAUAAAGUCGAUAUGGCGGAGAUAUCGGACUCAGCUGCGCUCGUGAAUCGUCGGGAUCAAGGGAGAGCUGAACAUUUAGUUGAGAGUGCACAGUUCAAGCAGUGGGUCGUCAGAACGAGUUCAACGGAACUUCUUGUCCAUGGGCACAUGAAGCCAAGCCGAACGAGCGUCACGCCCCUGUCUCUGUUUAGCGCCGCUAUUGUGCGAAGCCUGCGCCAGGUUGAUCGUUUUUGUGCAGUGGCUUUCUUUUGCGGGCAGCAUACUGACCCGGAUGAUCCUCUCACCGGCGGAAUCGGGCUCAUCAAGAGUCUCACGACACAACUGCUUCGUCAACAUCGCUUCGAUGAUGCUGAUCUUGAUAAAGUUGCCCAGGAGGUAAAUCUGCCUCUGUUGAAGAGAGGCGUCGAGGAACUCUGCCAGCUCUUCACCGUCUUAGUCCGUCGCCUACGCAACGACACAACACUGUUUUGUGUGAUCGACAGUGUUGAAGUCUAUGAAGAUGAAGACAUCAUGCAGGGCAUGCAUGUCGAAAAGGUGUUGUUUGAGAUACUGCAGUUGACGGAUGACCCAAGGCUGAAGACACAUGUCAAGAUUCUUUUCACAAGUCCGACAGACACGAACACCAUCAGGAAAGCAUUUAACGAGAUGGAUAUCCUUUCUAUGUCUGAGUCAGGGCGCUUGAGUUUGGAUAAGCAUUUUAGUGAUAGUCGCUUUGCGAAGCAGGUCAAGGGGACCAUUGAGAGUCCGUAG